AUGGGGCAAGUGUUGCAUCUAUGGAAAGAAUGGGGUAUCCAGGUGCUGGUGCUGUUCAGCUUCACGCUCCAAAUCAUGCUCCUCAUCAUGGCGGAGCUCCGGCGGCGCAUCGACUUCGGCGUGCUAAGGGCCUUUGUGUGGUCAGCGUACAUGCUGGCCGAUGCCACGGCGAUCUACGUGCUGGGCCACAUGUCCGCGGUGAGCCGGUCGCCGGAGCACGAGCUGGUGGCGUUCUGGGCGCCCUUCCUCCUCCUGCACCUGGGCGGGCAGGACAACAUCACGGCCUGCAGCCUGGAGGACACCAAGCUCUGGCUGCGACACCUGCAGACUCUCGCCGUGCAGGUGGCUGCAGCGGCAUACGUCGUCUAUGCGUCUUCUUCCAUCCCUGCCGGCGGCGGCGGGUCACUGCUCCGGGCAGCCACCGUCCUAAUGUUUGUGGUUGGUGUUGUCAAGUACGGGGAGAGAGUGUGGGCACUCAGCCGGCCGGACACGGAAGACCUUUUGCUGGAUGCUCACCUCUUCCUGGACGUUCCUAUGGAGCUGAUGAGGAGCAUCCGGAGAGAUGAGGUUGUGUAUUUCAGUGCUUUGGAUGAGCAUGCUCUGGAGGAGGUGGCUCAGAUGCAGCUCUCCUUGAUGCAUGAUGUUUUCUACACAAAGGCUGAGGUGGUGCACAGCUGGUGUGGCCUCUGCGUCCGUCUCGUUUCGCUACCGGGCACAGCCGGAGCACUAGUGCUGUUCUCCCUGCUGGGUGAUCGUCGUAUGGAUAGCUACAGCCGGUGGGAACUGAAAAACCGAAGACUGAGUUAUGCGGUACCGGACCUCGGUUGGAGGUACCGACCUGAGUUGGUACUACCAAGCUGA